AGACGUGCGCACAGAGCUCGCUCCGGCUGGGUCAAACGUCUAUUUCGCUUAGCCGCCGCUUCACAGCGCUCCAUCUUGAGUGUAGAUUUUAGCCUGACCGCGUCGAAAGGCAGUCCGAGUUUACGGGCACCGAAUCGACCGAGUCGAGUAGAUAAUUCUGUGCCACCGGUGAUCCGCAACUACCCGAUGUUUAUAGUGUAAAGUUCUGUGUUUCGAUCCCAUCCAAAUUCAAGAAAUGUCUUCUACGAACCAAAAGCUCACCACAACGCAACGGAUGAUACAAGCUGUCCCAUUUCCACCCAGCCACAAAUUAACGGUGGCCGAGGUAUUUGACCCAAGGACGGCAAAACCUCGGCCUGAUGUACUCAAGCAACAUUUUAUCCUGGAGGGCCGCAUCGAUGAAGCCGCCGCCCUUCGGAUAGUAAACGAGGGGGCGCAGCUACUCAGGGCAGAGAAAACGAUGAUCGACAUUGAGGCCCCUGUCACAGUUUGUGGAGAUAUACACGGUCAAUUUUACGACCUAAUGAAAUUAUUCGAAGUCGGUGGACCACCUGCUAGUACAAAAUACCUUUUUCUUGGUGAUUAUGUCGAUAGAGGAUAUUUUAGUAUAGAGUGUGUACUGUACCUGUGGGCUUUGAAGCUCUGUUAUCCUACAACUCUUUUUCUCCUUCGAGGUAAUCAUGAGUGUCGCCAUCUUACAGAAUACUUCACAUUUAAACAGGAAUGUAAAAUAAAAUACUCGGAACGAGUGUAUGAUGCGUGUAUGGAGGCUUUUGACUGUUUACCAUUGGCGGCGCUCAUGAACCAACAGUUUCUAUGUGUCCACGGCGGUCUUUCACCAGAAAUACACAAUUUAGAUGACAUACGAAGGUUAGACAGAUUCAAGGAACCUCCGGCAUUCGGUCCCAUGUGUGAUCUUCUUUGGUCUGAUCCCCUAGAGGAUUUUGGAAAUGAGAACAACGCCGAACAUUUUUCCCAUAAUUCAGUUAGAGGAUGCUCCUACUUUUAUAGUUAUGCUGCCUGUUGUGACUUCUUACAAAAUAAUAAUCUACUUUCUAUAAUAAGGGCACAUGAGGCACAGGAUGCUGGGUAUCGAAUGUACCGAAAGAGCCAAACGACUGGAUUUCCAUCACUUAUUACGAUAUUCUCAGCCCCAAACUACCUUGACGUAUAUAACAAUAAGGCUGCUGUACUGAAAUACGAAAAUAACGUUAUGAAUAUUAGACAGUUCAACUGUUCACCCCAUCCCUAUUGGUUACCGAAUUUCAUGGAUGUGUUCACGUGGUCGCUGCCUUUCGUUGGUGAAAAAGUUACGGAAAUGCUAGUCAAUGUGCUCAACAUCUGUACGGACGAAGAACUCGUGUCUGAUACUGAUGAUGCGCAAGAAGAUGGUACAGCAGCUAAUCUGAGGAAAGAAGUUAUACGUAACAAGAUCAGAGCAAUCGGAAAAAUGGCUAGAGUAUUUUCAGUGCUCAGGGAAGAAAGUGAGUCAGUUCUACAACUCAAAGGGCUCACACCUACCGGCGCUCUACCUCUUGGUGCACUAUCAGGAGGAAAAACUAGUUUGAAGAACGCUCUUCAAGGAUUCUCGCCCAAUCAUAAGAUAACGAGUUUUGCCGAAGCAAAAGGUUUGGACGCAAUAAACGAGCGUAUGCCCCCAAGAAAGGAUGCAGCACCUUCGCCGGCAGAGGAAACACCCCAAGAUCACAAUCACACUCAGUCCAACGCGCACUCGUGAGCUAAACUCAACAAAUACAUCAUAUAAGCCAUCCGAGGGUACACUCAUCAGGAAUCAUCCCUUAUGUGGCGUUCACUCUUUCCACGUGUAAAAUAUGAACCAGUCGAUACCGGCAGAGUUCAUGGGGCGUGUACGAUGCGCUCACCUACCUACGGUAGCUGGUCUGCUUCGUCCCUUUUACUCUCUCUAUCUCUCUAUUACUCCAUUUUUAAAGUACGCUCGCCGUUCCACACUGCUUCAGUCUUGAAAUUAAGCACCUUCAUUAUCUAGUCAACAUUCCACUUUUCGAAGAACAAAUUAGUGUGCCGUUCACACGUUAACCAUGACCAGUCACAACUUGUGGGUUUCGUCUCUAACCCUUCUUCAAGAGCUGGUUCACUCACCGAUGGACAUUAUCGAUGUUGCAAUGAUCGUUCAAUCCUUUUUUCGUUGUUGUUGUUGUUGCCGGGAGCUGAAUUUUAGAUUAAAGCAGUGUGAAACUGCGAGCAAACUGGCCGGCCAGUCUAUGGUCGCAGCACGUGCUGGGUGAUAUAAAGACGUGCCAUAAUCUUAAUAUUUCUCCAUUUUCCCAAAACUUAAACGGUUCUUUCAUUACUUAUUUUACUGUGUGUGUUAUUUAGGGUUAAUACUGAUACAGAGUAUGUCGAAUAUCUUCGCUCCGGAAUUUAUAGUCGGGAAAAAUCUGGAAUCUCUCUAUUUUUUAAAUCAAUUCGAUUUUAUAAUCAAUAUAUCCAGCCAAACCCAUUCUUUUGCAGUAUUCCCCUUGCGCUAGGCAUUUUUACACUCCGGGUCAAACUGAUCGAAGUUUCUGUUGAAACCGCCCGGUCCUUUUUCAUCACUUUUGGCGAAAUUGCAAAUGAACGUGUUUGGUCUCUCAUUACUCUUUGCUACGAGCUGUACUUAUUUUGAAUUGUACAAAUUGUGUUAAUACUGUAUGAUAAAAUAUUCUGAUCGCUUUUCAGAAAACGAUAUCAGAGUUGAGAAUAGUUCUGGAAGUUUUAGAUAUUUUGUACCCUGUAAAUCCAUAUAUUGAAGUGUCGGUGAACAAUUUAGUUGGAAAUAGAAAAAUGUAAGGUCUUUUACUUGGAAACGAUAUCAAGUGUUACUUCAGUUGGGACCCACUGUAUAUUUAUAAUUGGUAUGUGUGUAUAUAUGAACUGUUUCCUACUUGUACUUGUUCGAAGAUAUUUACCUGUCAUUAACGAAGUAGAUUUUUCUUAUAUCUUUUUCUGAAAAGCUUAAUGGAUGUGUGAACUUAUUUUGUAUGAAAGUGUGUUGAAUUAUAGAUAAAAUAUAAAUAUAUAAAUACUUUCAACCUAUUACAAUUCUGUAAAUUUACUCUAUAAUAUAUGAUAUACAUAUUA